GGGCUGCACAUCCCAGCAGAGUGCCAUACUCUUUCCAGCUUUCGCACCAGUGGCGCCUCUCCCAAGGGGAACACUGAGCAGAUUCCUUUUUGGGACCCAUUUGGGAUUUUAUUCAUCUUUCUCCAGCAUCCAGCAGCUCUUUCUGUUGGGGCACAGCAAACUUCAAAAGUAGGAGAAGAGAAGCUGCAUCCCAAAGUUGCUACCAUGACGACCAAGUCCACCGGCAGCAUUCUGGCAGGCAAAGCUUCCUCCUCUCCUCUCUUGUCUUCUGCUCCUCGUCAACGCCUCGUCACCAAAGAUGGACGCUGUACGCUUCGCCCCCCUCCCUACCCAGCUGGAAAGUGGAGCAGAGCCUGGAGUGGAGCCUGGCUGUUGGCCCUGCAGGACCUCUGGGGACUGCUAGUAAACCUGCGCUGGAGAUGGGUGCUCCUGGCUUUUUGUGCUUCCUUUCUGGCCCACUGGCUGCUUUUUGCCUGCCUCUGGUACCUGCUGGCCCAUCUCAACGGAGACCUUGCCGUUCAGGAUCACGACCAUCCUCCCCCAGGUCAUGUCAUCUGUGUCAAAUACAUCACAAGCUUCACAGCCGCCUUUUCCUUCUCUCUGGAGACGCAGUUGACGAUCGGGUACGGGACCAUGUAUCCCAGCGGCGACUGUCCCAGUGCCAUCGCACUGUUGGCGGUGCAGAUGCUGCUGGGCCUGAUGCUGGAGGCCUUCAUCACAGGUGCUUUUGUGGCCAAGAUUGCACGUCCUCAGAAGAGAGCGGGAGCCAUCCAGUUCAGCCCCCAAGCAGUGGUGGGCCAACACCAAGGCAAGACGUGCCUGAUGGUACGAGCCACCAAUCUGCUACCCCGCCCCCUGGUGGACGUGAAGGUGAGUGCUGUCCUCUACGAGGAGCAUGAAGGUCAGGCUCUCUAUCAAACCACCCUGGACUUCCAGUUGGACCAUCUCGGCCAGCAGCCAUGUCCGUUCUUCAUUUUUCCGCUGACUUUUUACCACCCCCUGGACCGCCACAGCCCGCUCUACCCAGCGCUCUGCGAAGGGUCCUCCAACCAUUUUGAGCUGGUGGUCUUCCUCACAGCUUUGCAGGAGGGAACGGGGGACUCCUGCCAGAAAAGAACCUCCUACCUGCGGCAAGAAAUUCAAUUUGACCGGCGGUUUGUGCCUGCGUUGGGGCUGGAUGCUCGGGGGAGGUACAUGGUGAGCAUCGAGCACUUUGACACGGCCCAUUCAAAGGAGCCCAUGAGCAGGGACUGUGUGGUACAGAUCAACGGGGAUGGCAGCGACAGGAUGGAGUGAGGAGAAAGGAAAGAGAAAGUCUCACAAGAUCUGCAAGAAGCUUUCUACAGACUGAUACCUUGACAGGACACAACUGGAUGUAAGAGCUCCUAAACCAGGAAUGAGCCACUGUUGUGUUGUGUCAGUGCAAACGAGGAAUCACUGAACAACUUUAAGAAUGUAGCUUCAGGCUCUUACUUCGACUCAUCAUUGGUUCCUAACCUUUUAGCCACGUCUCACAGGAAAGACAAUUGGACACCAGUUCUAAAGCAUUGAUGUGCCAACACAGCAUUGGGUUUUCCCUUCUCUGUCUAUGGGGGUGAUACAAAAAAGGGGAAAAAAGCAGCCAAAUUAUUUAGAAAACCCAAAGGGAGCCUGGAGCUCUGUUGAUCAACCUUAAAAUAUAACAUCAAACAAGUACUGUACUUUCAAAUUUAUAGACAAGAAGAGCUGAACAGAUUGAACAAUGAUGUCUACGGUCUUCCAUUAGAUUAAUUUGGAUCAGCAACUUUUCAAACUCUGAAUUUAUUUAUUUACUGUUACUAAUAAACACAAAUACUUUGAAGUGAUGGUUAGUGGACAGUUUUCCUCCAUAUUCAGUGUGGAGCAUGUUCUGACUAACUCCUGUGUUCUUUCUGUCCAUGCUUUUUUGUACUGUAUUUUCCGCACUAUAGGGCGCACCGGAUUAUGAGGCGCAUCAUCAAUGUAUGUAUGUAUCUAUUUUGGAAAUUAUGUCACAAAUAAGGCGCACUGAACUUUAAAGCUGCAUUCACACCGCCCUCAGCAACAUGAGUUAAAGCACCCACCUCCUAAAAAAGGUCUAUGUAAACACUUGUAAAUGUGCGUUUCAGGCUUCCGUGUUUAAAACUCUCGCGUUCAUGUGUCAAUAUGUAAGUUUUGACAAGCUUUUUUGAGUUCUACUUACAAAAUGCGUGAUCAAUGACCGUUUGUUGAACGUUAAACCAUUGAACUUUGACCAAUCAGGGACUGGAUUUGGUAGUGAUGUUGGUAUGGAUGGCGUCCCUUUAAAUUCACAACAGUGCCAACGGUUAUUUGACACAAAGUCUUUCAUAUAACAGAACGGAGCUGUGGAAGAAUAAGCCUGGAGCAAGAUUUGCACUGUUUCGACAUUUCCCACCAAAACUCUUCCAAAUGUAGGUGGUGGACAUGUGCUAGUAUCAGCGUUAGCAUAUUCACAAUAGCCCCAACCUUCUUUGCAAGUCAAAACUGACAGAGCACCAGUGAACCUCGCCAAACAACAGUAAGCAAAACCAAAAUUAAUCCAUAGUUAAGGUGCUUUUAAGUGCACCUUAUAGUGCGGAAAAUACAGUAGCUACUUUAGGACUCAUCUCAUGUUGAUCUGUUACCUCCAUGUCAGUUCAAAUAGUCUGAUUGUGACCCCACUGACCUGUAGCUCCAUCGCCGUCUUUCAGCUGGUCCGCUCGCCAUCACAAGUCCAGCCUCCGUGUGAACGUUAUUUAUACUUAGACUGACCCACUGUUCAGAAAUUUAUGAUAACAUUAUAUCUAUUGAUGAUUGAACUGUUGAUAAAUGACAUUGUAUUGACAAAUUAUUGCUUGAAAUGUAAGAUUGAUCAAAAUGGAAAAUUAUGAUUUCAAUCUGCUCAGAAAGAAUAUUUGCUUCUAGAUUUAGCAGCAGAAGAUAGAAAUGUAGGAACCACAGUGAAUAGGUUUCAAAUGUUCUUGUUCCUUUUCUAUAAAAGAUGUUUAUAAUUUGAAUCAUAUACACUGUUAUAAAAGCAGUUACUGUUUGAGAAAAAUCACAGAGACACGUGGGACUGGCUGAACAAUGCUGCACAGAAAAUAAAUCAAUGUGAAGAAAGAUUUUCCAUUCCAAACACAAGCUGUAGUGCCUUCAUACAGCAGAUUCAUGAAAUCCAUAUUUCCUGAACCAAAGCAGAAAUGGGAAGCACAAUAUCAUGUCCAUAUUGCUACAUGAUUAAAAAUCUGUAGAUUUUAGAGUGAAAUAUGUGUGUAUAUUAAGGCCAAAUGUACAUACAUGUUGUUUUUUUUGCCAGUUUUAUCAAGCCAGAAAUGUAUAAUUACUGGUCAGAACUUUAUAAUAAAACACCUGUCAAAAGAAAACAUUCUGACUGUGUUUCAUUAUGUUAAUGCUUCAGUGAUGACAAUGAAAUAGAAUUUUCUAUCAGUCAUGUUAGGAGAGGAUAGGAACAAAACACAGAGUGGAAAGUUGUAGGAGGUGGAAGGUUCUGGAUCAAAGACCGUCACACAUGACAGACUUUUUGAAAGUGAGUGGAACAGCACAUUAUACAGGUGAGUUAACCCUACGUGAUAGCCAUCUGUAUCGUAUUUGAUAAAGGCAUUUCUGAGACCCCAUCUCAUUAGGGGCGGCUGUGGAGCAGCGGUAGGGUGGUCGACUC